AUGCGCUACCAGGAAACAGCUGCCCUAGGUCUGCUGCACGCAGGCCUAGCCACCGCGCUCACCUAUGCCAGCAACCAAGUAGAGGUGAUUCCCGAUACCGAGGUCGUCGCUGCCAACUUCCCUGAGGUCGAGGGCGUUGAGCUUCUCUCGCCUGCAUUCGCAAACCCGGACAGCGUACCCAGCACUUUCGCCAAUGGCACCAGUGGACCGACUGACCAGGCAACUCUCGACUACUACCUCCAGACUCUCGCUGCCCGCAAUGAGUGGAUGACCUACCACAACCCCGACUUCAAGUCCGAAGAAGGCCGCACGAUACCCUACGUCUACCUGUCGACCACGAAGCGCAUCCCCGAUAGUCUCGCGUCGCACGCCAAUGCCAGUGUUCCCAGCAAAGUGCGCAUUUGGAUGCAGGGCGGCGUGCACGGCAACGAGCCCAGCGGCGACCAAGCUCUUCUUGCUCUGCUUGGCCGAUUCGACGCCAACGCAACCUGGGCGGCGUCCAUACUUGACAAGGUCGAUAUCAUGAUGCUUCCCCGAUACAACCCCGAUGGCGUCGCGUACUUCCAGCGUUACUUUGCGACCAAUUUCGACCCCAACCGCGAUCAUACUAAACUAGCUCGCCAACAGACGCGCGACAUCAAGCAGCUGGUCAUGGGCUUCGCGCCGCAUGUUGGCGUCGACUGCCACGAGUACAGCCCGACUCAGGCGUGGGGUACCAAGGAGCAAUGGAUCGAUGGGCAGGACGGCCAAUUUUCAGCCAUGAAGAACGCCAACAUCCACGCUGACAUUCGCAACAUCUCAGAGGCCGUCUUCGCCAACGCCAUUGCGGCGGCGAUGGAGAAGCGGGGGUUGAGAUGGGGUCCCUACGUUGUCGGCUCGGAUGGGACUGACGACAUUGUGCUGGAGGAGACGACGGGCGACGCCAAGAUUGGCGACAGCUCUGUAGCGCUGAGCCAGGCUAUCAUGUUCCUGACCGAAACCCGCGGCAUCGGUCUCGCGGACCAGCACUUCCAGCGCCGCGUGGCCACGGGCCUGACAAUGGUCGAGACGAUUGUCCAGACGGCAGCGGACCACGCCGAGGAGGUUUACCAGACUGUCGAGAACGCGCGGAAGAAGUUCAUCGAGAGCACUGAGGAUAUUAUCAUUACCGAGUCCCCUCGCCCGACGAAUAUUUCAUGGCAGUUCAUCGAGGCCGAGACGGGAGCUUUGGUCGACAUCCCGGUCCAGUUCCUCAACACCACGCCUGUUGUGGCGAACCUAACCCGCGCUCGUCCCGAGGCGUACGUGUUCUCCAAGGCGUGGGCUGAUGUGGCUGAGCGUCUUCGCGUCGCUGGAGUCACCGUUCAGACGCUUGAGUUCGACUUCAGCGGUGAGGUCGAGGCAUUGAACGUUACUAGCGCCAUUGUUGCUGCGUCGAAGUAUGAAGGCGUUGCGAGAUCUACUGUGGAGACUGCCAUUGUGAAGAAGGAGGUUAAGAUCCCGGCGGGAGGGUUCUGGGUCAGCACGAGACAGAAGAACGCUGCCCACGCCUUUGUUACACUGGAGCCGGAGGGCAUCGACUCGUAUGCCACGUUUAACAUUUUGCCCGUCAACGUCGGUGAUGAGUAUCCCGUGUAUAGGGUCAUGGCAUAA